ACCAAGUGAAACUUGCUGAUCUCAUUUCACUCUAUAAAAACACGUUGUUAGAGCAGAGGUUUGCUUGGUUGUUUUCACUCGCUGUUCAGCUCCACGAUGUCCGGGCACGGUCACGGCCAUGGCCACAGCUGCGGGUGUGAGGGGACACACGAGCCCGCGGAGAGGGGCGUGGAGUACGGACUGUACCGGAGGAUUGACACAGAGAAGGUUCAGUGUUUGAACGAGAGCAGGGACGGAGACGGGAAGCUGGUGUUCAAACCGUGGGAUCAGCGGAAGCAGCGGGACAAGUAUGUUGAAAGUGAUGCAGAUGAAGAGUUGCUGUUCAACAUCCCUUUUACAGGCAACGUGAAGCUGAAGGGCAUCAUAAUCUCUGGGGAAGAUGACGAAUCGCACCCAGCUGAGAUUCGGCUGUACAAGAACAUCCCUCAGAUGUCAUUUGAUGACACCGGCAGAGAACCUGAACAAGCCUUCAGACUUAACAGAGACCCCACAGCUGAGCUGGAGUAUCCCACAAAGAUUGCUCGUUUUACCAGCGUCCAUCACCUCUCCAUCCACGUCUCUAAAAACUUUGGAGCAGAGAACACCAAGAUCUACUACAUUGGUCUGAGGGGCGAAUUCUCAGAGGCUCAUAGACAUGAAGUAACGAUCUGUAACUACGAGGCGGCAGCAAACCCUGCCGAUCACAAAGUGGACAACAUCAUCCCGGAGUCUAACUUCAUUUCCUGAAAGCUUUGCUGAGCAGUGAGGAGGAGGAGGAGGAGGAG